ACCCGUGAGCUGCCCGAACUGCUAAGGGCCCCGGAGCGCCUUUAUUUCUGUGCAAAAUGGAAACUCCCAGGCGGCGUAGACCUAGAGGGGACAUAACCAGUUCCCGUGGGCGCCUGGGAAAUUCACAAAAUUCCCCCACAGGUGUGUGGAGAGGGACUUUGCACCCUUGGGGGUCACCCAGCCAACUUUGAAGCUGCUCUUUCAGUCCUGCCUUUGUACACAUCGAUGCCCUCCUAGCCAGCCGCUGCGGGAUGGAGGGCUUUAUGGACUCAGGGACACAGACGGAUGCCGUGGUGGUGCUGUCCUUGGCUCAGGCUGCCGUGCUGGGCCUGGUCUCGGAAAAUGAGCUCUUUGGAGCCACCAUAAGCGCCGAAGCCUUCUACCCAGACCUGGGGCCCGAGCUGGCUGGGGUGGCCACAGGGGAGCCCAGGCCCCCUGGCCCCGACGUCUACCAGCUGGCCUGCAACGGGCGGGCCCUGGAGGAGCCGGCGGAGGAGGAGGUGCUGGAGGUGGAGGCGGCCUUCGAGAAGCACACCCGGCGGAAGACGCGGCCACCCGUGCGCCUGGUGCCUAAGGUCAAGUUCGAGAAGGUGGAGGAGGCGGAGGAGCAGGAGGUCUACGAGGUGUCUGUGCCUCGCGAGGACAAGGAUGUGGGCCCUGCGGAGGCCCCUGCCGCAGCGGCCAGUGGCGGCUGUGAGGCCCUGGUGCAGAGCAGCGCCGUCAAGAUGAUCGACCUCAGCGCCUUCAGCCGCAAGCCCCGGCCGCUGCGGCACCUGCCCCGGGCCCCCCGGCCAGAGCUGGACGCAGCCCCCUACGACCCCCGCUUCCCCGACCCGGCCCCGAACGGCUUCCCUGAGCCCGGCAUGGCGCUGCCCGGGCCGGAGUCCUUGCCCUCGGAGUGCGGCUUCGAGCCGGCCCACCUGGCCCCCCUGAGUGACCCUGAGGCCCCCACCCUGGAGGCCCCGGAGCCCGUGAAGCCGGAGCAGGGCUUCGUGUGGCGGGAGGCGAGCGAGUUUGAGGCGGACGUGGCAGGCUCGACAGUGGAGCGCCACAAGAAGGCCCAGCUGGACCGGCUGGACAUCAACGUGCAGAUCGACGACUCCUACCUGGUGGAGGCGGGCGACCGCCAGAAGCGCUGGCAGUGUCGCAUGUGCGAGAAGUCCUACACGUCCAAGUACAACCUGGUCACGCACAUCCUGGGCCACAACGGCAUCAAGCCGCACUCGUGCCCGCACUGCAGCAAGCUCUUCAAGCAGCCCAGCCACCUGCAGACACACCUGCUGACGCACCAGGGCACCCGGCCCCACAAGUGCCAGGUGUGCCAGAAGGCCUUCACGCAGACCAGCCACCUCAAGCGCCACAUGCUGCUGCACUCGGAGGUCAAGCCGUACAGCUGCCACUUCUGUGGCCGUGGCUUUGCCUACCCCAGCGAGCUCAAGGCCCACGAAGUGAAGCACGAGAGCGGCCGCUGCCACGUCUGUGUCGAGUGUGGCCUGGACUUCUCCACCCUGACCCAGCUCAAGCGCCACCUGGCCUCCCACCAGGGCCCCACCCUCUACCAGUGCCUCCAGUGCGACAAGUCCUUCCACUACCGCAGCCAGCUGCAGAACCACAUGCUCAAGCACCAGAACGUGCGGCCCUUCGUGUGCACGGAGUGCGGCAUGGAGUUCAGCCAGAUCCACCACCUCAAGCAGCACUCGCUCACGCACAAGGGCGUGAAGGAGUUCAAGUGCGAGGUGUGCGGCCGGGAGUUUACCCUGCAGGCCAACAUGAAGCGGCACAUGCUGAUCCACACCAGCGUCCGGCCCUACCAGUGCCACAUCUGCUUCAAGACCUUCGUGCAGAAGCAGACCCUCAAGACUCACAUGAUUGUCCACUCGCCUGUGAAGCCAUUCAAAUGCAAGGUGUGCGGGAAGUCCUUCAACCGCAUGUACAACCUGCUGGGCCACAUGCACCUGCACGCGGGCAGCAAGCCCUUCAAGUGCCCCUACUGCUCCAGCAAGUUUAACCUCAAGGGCAACCUGAGCCGGCACAUGAAGGUCAAGCACGGCGUCAUGGACAUCGGCCUGGACAGCCAAGACCCCAUGAUGGAGCUGACAGGCACCGACCCGUCUGAACUUGAUGGCCAGCAGGAGAUGGAAGACUUCGAGGAGAAUGCCUACACCUACGGCGGUGUAGACAGCAGUGCCGAGGCCAGCGUCCUCACUGAACAGGCCAUGAAGGAGAUGGCCUACUACAACGUGCUAUAGCACAAGCCGGGCCGCCAGAGGGGCGAGGAGGGCCUAGGGUGUGGGGGUGAGACCCAUGGGCUGCGGGCGCACCUCCUGCCGCUGAGAACAAGCUACUGCCCCACUGUCCUGACCCUCCCCUCCCACCGAGUCGUUUGCACCACUAGGGACUUUUAGACCAAAUGGAGACUGUACUACUGGCCUCAGCUGUGAACCAGGCACAGGCCCCAGCAUUCCAGGGAAGGAAGGAUAAUACAGGAGGCCGGGUCUGGGUCUCCUUUGCCUGCUGCUGUGGGAGGGUGGGAGAAAGCUGAGGGGGGCCAUUUGGGGACUAGUCACAAGGGCACAGGUUCUCAGGUCUCUCCAGGCCCAGCAGAGCUGGGGCAGCUAGUGUGGGCAGGGCAUUCCCGAUGGCUCCUCAGGGUCCUGACGCUGGAGGAAGAGAUCACUGAGCCAUGCCUUGUUCCUCCUCUGGACCAACUCCUGCCUCUAGGGAUGUGUGAGCUCCUGUGCUAGUCAGCACUGCCCCCCCCACCCCCCACCAGCCCCUGGGCUCAGAAAAGCCCAGGCCCUAGAGCCCCUUUCCCCACCCUGUCACGGACAGCCAGGCAGGGCCCUCUGUCUUCUACCUCCUGGUGCCUCCCGUGCUCUCCUCAAGCCAGGCGUGCAUGCAGCCUCAGUCCUGGCCUUAGGAAAGCGGGGUGUAGCCCAGCCCCCAGCUAAUGCCCUCUCCAGCCAACCCCCAGAAGUCCCCCAUCUUACAGCCCUGUUUGGAAGUAGGGGUCCCUAAAGUGGAUUUCAACAAAUGUCAUCCAUUCUGUCUUCAACUGGGCUACCACACCAGGAUCCCCCAGUGUGAACAAAGCUGGGACGUGCCCUGCAUCAGGCACA